AUCUGUGCCAGGCCUUUCACCGUGUUCCGCUGGUGCCCCGGCGUGCGCAUGCGCUUCAAGAAGACAGAAGUGUGCCAGACGUGCAGCAAGCUGAAGAACGUCUGUCAGACCUGUCUGCUUGACCUGGAAUAUGGUUUGCCCAUUCAAGUCCGGGAUGCAGGACUCUCCCUGAAGGAUGAGAUGCCGAAGUCUGACGUCAAUAAGGAGUACUACACCCAGAACAUGGAGCGAGAGAUCUCCAAUUCUGAUGGCACCAGGCCAGUUGGCGCUCUGGGAAAAGCUACUUCUACCAGCGACAUGUUGCUGAAGCUGGCUCGGACCACUCCUUACUAUAAACGUAACCGUCCUCACAUCUGUUCCUUCUGGGUAAAAGGAGAAUGCAAGAGAGGAGAAGAGUGUCCCUACAGACAUGAGAAACCUACAGAUCCAGACGAUCCUCUGGCUGAUCAGAACAUCAAAGAUCGUUACUAUGGAAUUAAUGAUCCCGUGGCUGAUAAACUUCUGAAACGAGCGUCAACCAUGCCUCGUCUGGACCCCCCUGAUGACAAGACUAUUACUACACUGUAUGUUGGAGGGCUUGGAGAUACGAUCACUGAAUCAGAUCUCAGAAAUCACUUCUACCAGUUUGGGGAGAUUCGGACAAUAACCGUGGUGCAGCGACAGCAGUGCGCGUUCAUCCAGUUCGCCACCCGGCAGGCUGCGGAGGUGGCUGCUGAGAAAUCCUUCAACAAACUCAUUGUCAACGGUCGCAGGCUCAAUGUGAAAUGGGGAAGGUCCCAGGCAGCAAGAGGAAAAGAAAAGGACAAGGAAGGUACUACAGAGUCUGGGAUAAAGCUGGAACCAGUUCCAGGUCUUCCCGGAGCUCUUCCCCCUCCUCCAGCUGCAGAAGAAGAAGCUUCUGCAAAUUACUUCAACCUACCUCCCAGUGGCCCUCCAGCCGUGGUUAACAUUGCCUUGCCACCUCCUCCUGGCAUUGCUCCGCCGCCACCUCCAGGUUUCGGACCACACAUGUUCCACGCCAUGGGGCCUCCACCUCCCUUCAUGAGAGCCCCGGGCCCCAUUCACUCCCCGUCUCAAGACCCCCAGAGGAUGGGUGCCCACGCGGGGAAGCACAGCAGCCCCUAGCACGUCCUGCCCUCCUCAUCGUUUAAGUAAAUGCUAUUUUCUAGUUACCAUGGUAGCGCCAUAUGUUGAGCUGUGGGUGAGCUAGAGAAGCCUUAUUUCCCUGCUUGCAGACACUGGGCAAGCUGAGCUCCGUGUCUCUGUUAGUUAAUUGGAUCAUUAAUGCAUCCCAGAUCUUUCAUUU